AUGGCUGACAGUCGAUCAACAUCGCCGCCUGGCACCCCAAUAGAGAGAGAUAUGCCUCAUGUGCGCCUCAACAGCUCGCAAAACAAUCUCCUCGCAAAUGAUGUCCUCAACAACCGACCGACAGGGCCAAGCAGGCAGAAGUCCGCGCGAUCCCUACUCCCUCCACCAAGACCCUUGACGGCGCCGUCAGUAAGAAACAAUCCCACUCUGAAUCGCAUGUACAAUGGCGGUCCCAUGGAUUCAGCCGAGAGCCUGCUCAUUCCACCAACACGAUCAAGAACACACAGAUUCAGAGACGAAGAGUCAGUUCCCGGAUCGCCGGUGGAGGGGAUAUCGCGAAGAACCAGUUUCAGCUCAGAUGGCAGAGGUUACGGAAGGGACCCUUUUGCAGAUUCAAGAGCAACAUCACGAGCUCCAUCAAGAGCGGGCAGCGACGAUGAGCAUGUCAACACCCAAACAGUAUCUGAAAAGUAUAACAUAUUGCCCUCGGCUGGACUUCUCUUAUUCCCAGAAGAUGUAGAAAAAGAUGACUGGUUACAUAAUCCUGAUCCAAACGAGAAGGAGUCGAGGGAGUGUAAUAUCUUCACUAAACGAGGAGUAGCCAACAUCGGUGGUCUUGGUCUUGUGGUCCUAGGACUAUUGGUCCUCUUCAUUGGCUAUCCUAUACUAACAUUCGUGCAAAGAUUCGAACCUCCACCAAAUGAGUGCGCCUCGGAUCCAGACUGUAUUGAUGUUGGGAAGAUACCUCUGUUGAAAAACAUUCGCACCAGCUUAAUAGAUCCGGACACACCGAGCGAUAUGAAGACAAAGACGGCUGCAGACGGGACGACGUUGAAUCUGGUCUUCUCGGACGAGUUCAACACAGAUGGCCGCACUUUCUAUCCUGGAGACGACCCCUUCUUUACUGCCGUGAACUUGUGGUAUGGUGUAACUCAAGAUUUGGAGUGGUACGACCCAGACGCCGUCACGACCAAAGGUGGUGUUCUCGAGCUCAGAUUUGAUGCUUUCGAGAACCACGGGUUGAACUAUCGCUCGGGGAUGGUACAGUCGUGGAAUCAGAUGUGUUUCACUGGUGGGCUUCUCGAGGCUUCCUUAUCUUUACCUGGGCGAGGAGACGUACAAGGCUUCUGGCCUGGGUUCUGGGCUAUGGGAAACCUGGGGAGACCAGGCUAUGCAGCUACGACGGACGGAAUGUGGCCAUUCAGUUAUGGUAAUACCUGCGACCCUGGGAUAACAGCAAAUCAGAGCUCGAAUGAUGGGAUCAGCUACCAGCCAGGAAUGCGAUUGCCGGCUUGUACAUGCGCAGGCCAAGAUCACCCAACACCAGGCAAAUCACGGUCGGCGCCUGAACUUGACGUGCUCGAAGCUACGGUUUCCCCCCUGGGCCUCGAUAACACCGAUAUGACAGGUGUGGUGUCUCAGAGUUGCCAGCUUGCUCCCUUCGACAUCUGGUACCAGCCAAAUACUGAAUUCAUCGAAGUCUAUGAUAAUUCUAUCACACUUCUCAAUACUUACCAGGGAGCGCCAUUCCAACAAGCCUUGUCCGGCCUGACGAAUAUCAACAAUGACUGGUACGACGGCAAUGGUUAUGCAACGUAUAAUUUUUACUACACCCCCGGACCAACUGGCCGUGUAACGUGGUCUGUAGCCGAUAUUGAGGCAUGGACUCUGGAUGCUCGAGCUAUUGGCCCCAACGGCAACGUGGGACAACGAGUCAUACCAGUGGAGCCCAUGGCAGUCGUCAUGAACUUUGGCAUGUCCACUGGGUUUUCUAACGUCGAUCUCCCGGGCAUUGAAGCUACCCUACCUGCAACCAUGCGCUUUGACUACGUCCGCAUCUACCAGGAUCCUUCCUCUUCGUCCAGUGUCACGUGUGAUCCCGAAGGGUAUGAGACAACGGAUUACAUCGCCAACCACAUGAACGCUUACACGAAUCCGAAUUUGACACAAUGGCAUCAAACCUCACAUUCGUGGCCAAGUAACACAUUCGUGAACGACUGUAAAUGA